AGGUAGUAUAGUUGCUGUAUGUAUACCUUUUAGCCGCCAUUGUAAUUGUAAACAGUAAUGGCCACAAGCAAAUGAAAAUCAAGAAGUUAUUUCUCAAAUGUUUGUUAAAACAAUUUUAAUAAAAAUACAUAUUGAUAAUUAAUGAACUUAUUAAAACAUAAUUGGUGAUUCCUUGUGAAUAAACAACACUUAAUUAUGAAUCACCAGCUCAAAUGUUUGGUGAAAGAAACACCGGACGAGUUAUCGUAUCGCAAAAAGUAUUUCCCAAAUUGUGAUUCGGUAAAAAGUCAAGAUUUAUUGUGUAGAAUUUGCGAUGACACUUUAACAAAAAACUCAUUCAAAAUUCAUCCAAUAUUGGGAAUUUUAUUAUGCAAGCAAUGCUAUGAAGAAAAUAAAUCAGCGGAUAAACAAAAAUGCAUGGUGUGCAAUGAAGAUGGUAAAUUAAUUGAAUGCAAGAGCAAAAAAUGUUCUUAUUUAACUUGCGAGAAAUGCAUGACAAGAUUAAAUUCAGGAGCAAAAUCAUUUUACAAACAAGGCAAAUGGAAUUGUUUUGCUUGUCAUACUAAGCCAUUGUACAAAUUACGAGGAAUAUCAGCUGUCAUGGCGUCUAAUUCUGAAGAUCAAUCAAAUAAAAGGAUUAUAAAUAAAGCUCAGAAAACAAAUGGACAGCUUUUAUCACGUUCCGAUUCAACUUCCAGUUCCGGUACUGAGUUUACUAAAACUAAAAUAUUAGACACUAAUUUAUCUUCUUCAAGAUCUAAACAUCAUAAUUUAUCUGAAAUUUCGGACAAUGAAUCUCAUGAAGAUGACACGCUUACUAAUCGCCAGUUGCUUGAUUUUAAACACAAUGUCAAGAAAUUAUUUGACGGGUUAAAAGAUAUGGGAAAUAAAUUGCUUGAAGAAGUUGAUAAAGCUCAGCAGAAUUUUCAUUCAUCUAAACGUAAAUUAAAGUCUUCUGAUGUUGUUAAUAUGAUUUCUGAGUGUAAGAAUAUUAUUCAGCAUGUUCAAGAUUCGACAAAUAAACAGGAGAAAAAAUUAAUAGAGCGACACAAAACUUGGUGCAGAAAAUCUAAAAUUAAAAAUACACUUUUUCAAAAUGAUAUUAAAUCAAAAAAACAAGAUAAUAAAAAUUAUUCUUCAGAUGAAGGUCAAAAUAAAAUUACGUCUACGCCGAUUAAAAAUACUGAAAGGAUGGUUAAAAAAACUAAUUCUAAAUUAAAUGUAUCUGAUUGUGAUGAGCAAGUAUUUUCAGGUGAUGAAAAUAAUCGUAAUAUUAACAAUGACACUGAUAUGGACGAAAAUCCAUUGGAUCAAUCCAAAGAUUUAUUUUCUGACGAUGGUUUGAAUGAUACACUAGCCUCACCUAAAUCCAGUAAAAAAUCUUCCGAAGAAAGUGACACUGAAAAUAAUAAACGAAAAAAACGUUUUUUAAAAGUUAAAUCUAAAAAUACUGUAAACUCUGACGAUGAAAGCGAUUCAAGUGAAAAAGUAAAACCCAAAAGACGUUUAUCUAAAACAAAACUUGAUAAAAUUAGAGAAAGAUCUAAGACUAAAUUAUUAGAUAAAGAUAAAAAUAAGUCUUCGGAUUCAGAUUUUACUGAAGAUCCCACACCCACCAAAGGAUCUAAACAAUCAGAUGAUAGUUGUAAUAAUAAUAAUAAUAAUAAUAAUAAUAAGACUGAUGUAAAUAUAAGUAACAAAAAUCCUGGAGAUGUUUCUUCGGAUCUUGAUUCUAAUACAAAAGAAAAAACUAACAAUAUUUCAGAAUCGGAACAUGAAAAUAAUGAUAAAGAAGAACAAGCUAAAAAUGAUUUAUUAAAAUCUUCUUCUGAGUCUGACAAUGAAGAUAAAAAUUCUAUUUUAAAUUCUUCAGAUUCUGAGCAUCUUAAUAAUGAUGAUUUAUUAAAAUCUUCUUCUGACAAUGAAGAUGAUAAAAAUAAAAAUAAAAACAAAGUAGAUAAAGACAAAAAUUCCAUAUUAAAUUCUUCGGAUUCUGAGCAUCAUAAUGAUGAUAAAGCUAAAGAAGAUUUAUUAAAAUCUUCUUCAGAUUCUGACAAUGAUAAAAAGAAAAAGAAAGAUGAAGAAGCUAAAAAUGAUUUAUUGAAAUCUUCUUCAGAUUCUGAUAAUGAAGAUAAAAAUAAGAAAGUAGAUGAAGAUAAAAAUUCUAUAUUAAAUUCUUCAGAUUCUGAGCAUCAUAAUGAUGAUAAAGCUAAAGAAGAUUUAUUAAAAUCUUCUUCAGAUUCUGACAAUGAAGAUGAUAAAAAUAAAAAAAAAAAGAAAGAUGAAGAAGCUAAAAAUGAUUUAUUAAAAUCUUCAGAUUCUGAAAAUGAAGAUGAUAAAAAUAAAAAGAAAAUGGAUGAAGAAGUUAAAAAUUCUAUAUUAAAUUCUUCAUCAGAUUCUGAGAAACUAAAUGAUGAUAAAGCUAAAGAAGAUUUAUUAAAAUCUUCUUCAGAUUCUGACAAUGAAGAUAAAAAUAAAAAAAAAAUAGAUGAGCCCAAAAAAGAUUUAUUAAAUUCUAGUUCAGAAUCUGAUAAAGAAAAAAAUUUAUUUAAAAAAAAAGCUAAUAAUAACAAAAAUAACAGUAGUAGUGACAAUGAAACAACUAGUUCAAAAUCUAAAAAACGUAAAUUAAAAAUUAAAAAAUUUAAUUCCAGUGACGACAAAAAAUUAAAAUUAAAAUGCAUUGUUGAGUUGAAUCGACUGAGCAAAAAAACUUUAUCUCAACACUCAAAAGCUCUUCGUUUAUCAGCUGAAUAUUUGGAAAACAAAAAAGUUUCAAGUUUGUUGUCUCUUGAUGGACUUGAUAAAAAGAAGAAAAAGAAGAAACAUCGCAGUGAUUCAUCAACAGACGAGUCUUCUAACUCGAGAUCAAGGAAGAAAACUAAACUUGUUGAUGAGACUUUGCUGGAUCAUUUAAAGAAAGUCGAGACUGGAAAUGGCAACAAUGACAGCAAUAAUUCUGCUUCGGAAGAUGAAGAUUCUGGUAAAAAGAUUGUUGAAGAAAAUGAACCGAGUUUAGAUCAGCAAGCUGAUAAAAUUGCUAAGUCUGCUAUUCUUGCUUCUUCUGAAUCGAGUGAUAAUGAGGAAACACCUGUAGAGGAAACUCUAAAUGAUUCUCCGAGUUCUAAAAAUUCUAAAGAUGGCAAGAAAAAAAAUAAAAAAAAUGACACUGAAGAUCAGGAUAAGGAGGAUGAUAAAGAAAAAAAGAGUAAAGGUAAUGACAGUUGGAAACGUAGCAAAUUAUUGACCAGUAAAAUUUUAGAUUCAGAUUCAGAUGUCGAGAAUUUAAAAGCUCAAGAAAAAUUGUCCCAGCGCAGCAAAAAUGACGAAUCAGACAGCAAUAAAGAAGCUGAUGAUUCAUUCAAAGUUAAGAAAAAAACCACCAGAACUCGAAGACGUCGUUUGGAUUCGGAUUCAGACGUCAAAAUUUCAGACGAUUCGGGGUCUGAUUCUGACGAUGAUAAUAAAAAAAAUAAAGGUUCGGACGGCGAUAAAAAAGAGGGAAAAAAAUCUAAACGUAAGAAAAGAUCGGACUCUUCAGAUUCGAGUUUGUCGAUGGUAUCGAAAAAAAAUAAAACAAAGCGUCGUAGAAUUCGAGCUGUUGCUGACAGUGAUGAUAGCAGUGAUGAUGAUUUAAACAGUUCUCAGGGUGGAGCUAAUAAAAGUGGGCGUAAAAAUAUUCGCAAAGUUUUGAAAGAUAAGCAUGUUGAUAAUAGCACUCUCCAGGCGGCUAAGCAAGAAGAGGAACGGAUUAAACGCAUGGCUGAACGUCAAAAAUUGUACAAUGAAAUGUACGAAGCCAGAUUAGCGAGUGAAGCUAAAGUUGACAAGCUUGUUCUAGAUUUUGACGCUGAAACAAAGCAAGUAUUGCUGGAAGUUGAUGAGAAUUUAGUAAAACGUUUAAAACCUCAUCAAGCAAAGGGUAUCAAAUUUAUGUGGGAUGCAUGCUUUGAAUCUUUGGAAAGAAUUAAAGAAUCUGAAGGGUCUGGGGGUAUUUUAGCUCACUGCAUGGGUCUUGGUAAAUCUUUUCAAGUUGUAACUCUCUCUCAUACUUUGCUAACGCACAGUGAGAAAACGGGGAUAAAUACUAUUCUCAUUGUAGUUCCUUUGAGUACUGUUUUAAAUUGGAUGAAUGAAUUUAAAAUAUGGCUCUCGGAAGUUGAAAAUGGCGCGGAUAUUGAAUUGUACGAAAUGACUAAAGCUAAGACAAAUUUAGAGCGGAGAUGUCAGUUAGAAAACUGGCAAAGAACCGGAGGUGUAUUAAUUAUCGGCUAUGAAAUGUUCCGUAACCUCUGUGCUAUUAAGGGUAAAGUACGUAAAAGCGUACAGGAGGCUAUUUUAAAGACAAUCCUCGAUCCAGGACCUGAUUUGAUUGUUUGUGAUGAGGGUCAUUUAUUAAAAAAUGAAGAUUCGGCUAUAAGCAAAGCCAUAAGACGAGUUAAAACUCUGAGAAGAAUAGUAUUAACUGGUACACCUUUGCAAAAUAAUUUAAUAGAAUAUCACUGCAUGGUACAAUUUGUAAAGCCGAAUUUACUUGGUACAAAAAAAGAAUUUUCAAACCGAUUUGUUAAUCCUAUCCAAAAUGGACAGUUUGAUGACUCAACAGAGUAUGACGUAAAGCUUAUGAAAAAACGCGCCCAUGUGCUUCACAAAAUGUUGGAGGGCAGCGUUCAACGCUUUGAUUAUUCUGUUUUAACUCCAUUCUUACCUCCCAAACAGGAGUACGUUAUUUCAAUAAGAUUAACUCCUGUACAAGUUAAAUUAUACCAGUAUUACAUUGACAAUUUUGCGCGCAAACACAAAGGAGUCGGUGGGUCACUUUUUGCUGACUUUCAAGCUCUGUCCCGCCUGUGGACUCAUCCGUUUGUCGUUAAGCUUCACACGGAAAACAGCGAGAGAAUUCAGCAGAAAAAACGAGAAGCUGAAACUGACUCCGAGGGCUCGCUUAAAGAUUUUAUUGAUGAUGGUAGUGAGAGCGAGUCAUCAAGUGUGAGCUCUAAUUCUAGCAAUAGUAGUAAUGAAAGUGAUGUUAUUACUCUGGAUGAUGAGGAUGGGAAGAACAGUAAGAAAAAUAAACCACCACCACCCAAGCGAGGCACUCGUGCUAAUCCAGUCGCUGAGCCGGAGAUUCCCGAGCCGGAAGAAGCGCCAGCUGAGAACAAAGAAUGGUGGACUGAAUUUGUCAAAGAAGAAGACUUUGAUGACAUGAGAUUGUCCGCUAAGUUGAUGAUUUUGUUUGAUAUUAUUAAAGAAGCUGAGGCUAUUGGUGAUAAAGUUCUUGUAUUCUCACAAUCUUUGUACUCGUUGACUUUAAUUGAGAAAUUUUUGGGGAUGAUUGACGAUGAGACCCAAAAUGGGAAAGAAUUGGAUAGUUUAGAUAAACACACUGGCUGUUGGGCUAUCGGUCAAGAUUAUUUCAGAUUCGACGGACAAACUUCUGCGGAAAAUCGGAGCCACUGGGUCAAAAGUUUCAACAAACCUUCCAACACUCGAGCUAGGUUAUUUUUGAUUUCAACUCGAGCUGGUGGGCUUGGUAUUAAUUUGACGGCUGCCAAUAGAGUUGUUAUUUUUGACGCUAGCUGGAAUCCUUCUCACGAUGUACAAAGUAUAUUCAGAAUUUACAGAUUUGGGCAGAAAAAACCCUGCUAUGUUUAUCGUUUAUUAGCUGCGGGUACUAUGGAGGAGAAAAUUUACAAUCGGCAAGUCACUAAAUUGUCAUUAUCAUGCCGAGUUGUUGAUGAACUGCAAAUAGAACGGCACUACAGCAACAAUGAUCUUGCUGAACUGUACAAAUUUGAUCCACCGAGUGAAACUACACCCGACUUGGCGCUACCCAAAGAUCGUUUACUCGCUGAGAUAUUUUUACGGCACAAAAAUUUAGUCGAAACCUUCCACGAGCAUGAUUCUUUAUUAGAAAAUAUUGCGGAGGAAGAACUAGACGCUGAGGAACGGAAACAAGCUUGGCAAGAGUAUGAAGAUGAAAAGGCUGGAAAACGAAUGAUUCCACCUCAAAUGAUGAUUAACUAUUCUAAUGUCAAUCAGAAUCUAAUUCCCAAUCAUCAGCACAUGCUCAUGAUGCAGCAGUAUGGCAGUCAAAUGAUGAAUUCUCUUAAUCAGCUCAACAAUCCAAAUAAACAAGUUGAACUAUCACAACUUAUGAGCAUGUUCCAGCAAGAUUAUCCUCAGUUAAACGAACAGCAACAUCGAGCUAUGGCUCUAAAGGCUCUCAGCAACAUGUACAACUAUGUUGAAAAUCAAAUGGUCGGACGUGGCAGCUACAAUACUGGUUCUGUUAUGCCUAACCCCGUUAAUAGUAUCAAUAAUCCUACUGCUACUUUGGCUAAUGCUCUGGCCCAACAAGAGUACACGCGGUUGCAUUCUGGGAGUGGAUAUAAUCAACAGAAUCUUACUCAGCAGCAACGGCAAAUGAUGUACUCUCAAUCUUUCGGGAAUAAUUCUUUUGGUAAAACUCAACAAAAAACACCUGCUAAUCCUCCUACAACUACAACUGCUUCUAAACAAUUUGUCAGUAAUGAUGACAGUGAUGAUAUUAUUGAGAUACCUUCCAGUAGUAGUAGCAGAGUUAAUCAAGCCAGUAAUGCCCCCAAGAGACAGGAAGAAUAAUAUAAUAUUUAAACAACAAGUAUUCCUUUAAUUUUAUAAUUAUUUUUAAUAUUUUCAAUUUUAAAACUAAGGAUAAUUUAAGAUAAAAAUUUAGAGUAAGUAAAUAUAUAUUUAAGAAUGAUAAUU